CACCAGGCAACGACAGUGGGCUCCGAGUCAACUGGUAAGUGGGCACCGGGUCAUCAGGGCACUGGGCUCAGACAUUGGAUCGUCACUGACUGGACAGCGGGCAUCGGGUCACCAGGCAUCAAGUCAUUUGGCUCGACAGCAAGCACCGCAUCAUCUGGCAAGGCAGUGGGCUCCGAGUCAACUGGCAUGACCGCGGGCACUGGGGCAGACAUUGAAUCGUCCAGGCCGGACAGCAACUGGCAUCGGGGUCACCAGGCAUCAGGUCAUUUGGACUCGACACAGCAUGCGGGCACCGCGUCAUCAAGGCUUCAAGGCAGUGGGCUCCAGAGUCAACAGGCACCACGACAGUGGGCAAUCACCGGCCGGGCAUCGGGUCACCAGGUAUGACAGCGGGCACUGGGGUCACCAGGCAUCAGGUCACUUGGCUCGACAGCAGUAGCACCGCGUCAAUCUGCAAGGCAGUGGGCUCCGAGGCUCAGUACCGAGGCAUGAUAGGCGGGAAGGCACAGCGGAUCAUCUGGGAUCAAACAGAGGG